GCUGGUGUCACUGCCCAUUGGGACUUCCAGGGGAAAGAGCGAGUCAGUGGCAAAAGAGCGAGGAGAGCACGUUUGUCAGACGGUGCCCAAUGAAAUGACUUGUUUUUUGAUUUAGCUCAUUAUCUGUGUCUUUUAACAGCUACCUGAAGUUUCUGGCAGUAAAGUCGUCAUGGCAGACCUGGGCUGCAAAAAACCCAGCGACUGCACCGUCUCCAGGCUUCUCAGUGUGGUGGAGAGCGAACUCCGGGCUGGGAGAGACAAAGGCGACCCCACGGAGAAACAGCUCCAGGUUGUCUUAGAGGAUGCGACGCUCUGGCAGAGAUUCAGGGAAGUCACUAAUGAGAUGAUUGUGACCAAGAACGGCAGGAGGAUGUUCCCUGUUUUGAAGAUCAGCGUGUCAGGCUUGGACCCGAACGCCAUGUAUUCCUUCCUGUUGGACUUUGCCCCGACUGAUAGCCACCGCUGGAAGUACGUCAAUGGCGAGUGGGUGCCGGCUGGGAAACCAGAGCCGCCAAACCACAGCUGCGUCUACAUCCACCCAGACUCUCCCAACUUUGGGGCCCAUUGGAUGAAAGCUGCCAUUUCCUUCAGCAAAGUCAAACUUACCAACAAGCUCAAUGGGAGUGGGCAGAUAAUGUUGAACUCCCUGCACAAAUAUGAGCCCCAGGUACACAUAGUUCGCGUAGGAGGCCCCCACCGGAUGGUGAUGAACUGCUCCUUCCCUGAGACGCAGUUCAUAGCUGUGACUGCCUAUCAAAAUGAAGAGAUAACAGCUCUCAAAAUCAAGUAUAAUCCCUUUGCCAAAGCCUUCCUGGAUGCGAAGGAAAGAAAUCAUCCCAAGGAUGCUCCAGAAACAGUCUCUGAAGGUCAACAUAUGACAUAUUCUCACUCUCCACACACUCCCCAUGGCUGCGAGCGAUAUUCAGCACUGCGAGGGCAUCGGGCUGCUCCAUACCCACCUUCCUACGUGCAGAGAAAUCACUCACCUACAGUUAAUUUGUUGGAGAGCUCCAGCAAUAAUCUUCAGGUAUUCUCAGGACAUGACAGCUGGACUUUGCCAUCCUCUCCACAUGCUAAUUUGCUUUCAGUGCCACACACAAAGGGAGCUGCCAGCCCUGGACCCAGCCACUACCCUUGCCUGUGGACAGUGAGUAACAGUGCUGUAAAUGUUGCCAACCCGGGAAGCGAGGUGAACAGCAGCCCUUCGAGCAUGUUUCUGAGGGGCAAUGUCCCCUUACCCACUGCAUCAUCAGUCCAAAUCCCUCUGCAGGGAUCGGUGUCUGGCAGCAUGGAAACGCAAGGGGAAACCGCUCUGGCCAGACUCGCCGACUCUGCGUGGACGUCCACACACUCCUUUUAACGGCCAGGCAGCUCAUGAGGGAAGCUCCGCCAAACAAGACUGACACAAAUGGCAAAUGAUCCCCAAGAACUGCAGCUCAGAGCAGGGAUGUGUAUGCAGAAAACUGACUUCAUCAAACAUCACUUUCCACAAUGUACGUCUGGUGUGCCAGAGAAGCCAAAAUGCAUAAUGCAAAGGCAGGAAAUGUUAUGGGAACCAGCUUAUCGCUGUAAGCUUUACACAUCAUUCAGUAUGAUGUCCAGAAAUAAUCUUUAUAGUUAGUUGUGCUUCUGUAUCACACAAUAUCACACAACCCUCCCCUCCAAAAACAGUCAGAGACAUGGGACUGAGUGAAGCAGACAUGGAAGCUGGAUAUUUGCAUGUC